GGCCGCGGGUUUGAAAAUCUAAACGGGUGGAGAAGAUAAACAUUCGCAGUAACAACUCUUACGCUGUAUGUCCAUACUUUCGCUAUGGCAUCAUCGUGUUACUAUUAACUACAGGGUAUGGUCAAAACAGAAGACAUAUUCAACAUGGCGGACGGCUGGAGAGAAGUGUUUGAAAGGAGCCGGGUGGUUCCUCCGCCCAGCCAGACAGUUCGCCUGGCUUUGGAAAACCACUUCACCCAGUCCACCGGUCUCCAGCUCCACCUCAGCCGACUCACUGCAGCUCACCUCCCGCAGACCCAGGAGAUGUCAGGGGGGGAACCAGAUGUGACCUACCAGCUGCGAGUGACCCUGUUUGACAGAAACCAUCAGCACUUCUUUGGGAAAACAUGGAGGAGUCCACCCCAGAGGAUGAACAACAACAAGAUCUCCCUCAACGAGGUCCUGUAUUUCCAUACAUCGCUGCGGUUGCCCAGCGCAGUAGUGGUCCUGGAAGUGGUGUCGUUGUCACCCAGGCCAGAUGGCUCCCAGCAGGCCCUGGGGCGAGGCUUCACUGUCCUGGAACUUUUUACCAACAGGCCAGAGGCUCAGGCUGCUGACGGGGACAGAAGGCUCAAUCUACACCAUGGAUCACCAAGAAGUCUCCUCCAUCCCCUCCUGAGGGACACCGUUGACUACAGCAGUCUCCUGAAGACGAUCGAUGGAGCACAUUUGGACUGUGCGAUAAAAAACCACCCCGCGCUGGUUUCCGUGAUGCACCUCCUGCCAGAGAAUGUCCUUACAUCUGGGAAUGAGAACAUUCCCGGCCUUGCAGCUUCUCCAACAGGAGAUGCUUUGCUGAGGCCUCAGCUGCUCAAGAUGCUGCCCUUCACCCUGAACAGACUGACCGUCUCCCUCCAGCCGUCCCUGGAGAAGUUCGAGAGCCAGCUGCUGCAGCUGAUCAAUGCCGACUGCCACAACACAAAACAACCAGGACCAGAGGGUCCUCUGAGAACAGUCGUCAUCCAGGAAAGGAGGCUUCAUGUCGGGGUCCACAACGGCUGGUGUUUCCUCGACAAGCCUCAAGUGGUGGUGCUGGAGCCCCUCGCCUCGGGGGCCAGAGGCCGAUCCGACGGUACCUCCAAACAGAGCACCCUGGUCAAGGACAGCUCUGCAAUAUCAACCCUCCCUCAGACGCUGGGCCUUCGCAGCAGCUUGGAGCUCAGGCUGACCAAUCAUCACGCUUUGGCAAUUGUCUUCCAGCUGGAGUGGGUCUUCUCCGCUCCAAUAGGCCGAGAGACGAUGCUGUCUGCCACCUCCACGUCCCGAGCGGCCUUCUUGCAGUGCCUCCGUUGGGGGAUUUGGUGCCCCUUCCAGGAGCCGGCUGACUGGAAGGGGGAAGAAAUACAGCUUGUUCUGCAAGGUGGUGCAAAGCCAAACCCUCACGGAGUCAUGGUCUACAGCACAGAGAUGUCUGCCAAAACUCAGAGCCCUGCGCCACUCUCAGCUCCAGGCUCAGCUCAGGCGAAGGAUACCGUAACGUUUCGGCUGUCGUCCGGUCUGGAAAGGAAGGCAUCCAGCCCAAAGGCAUCUCUGAGGACAAAGCAGGAGGAUGUGUCCCGUCACAGAAGAUCACCAUCAUCACCUUUACAGGCCCACAGAUAUGUACCACCAGCUUCUCCUCCAGAAUCGCCUCCAGGCCCCGGGCUCUCGCUGUCUCAGCUGGCAGCUACUUCACGCUACCCGACCAUCAGCCACUCAAGCUCGGCGUUGCCGUGGCAACAGUCGUUUCCUUCUCUGCUCCAUCCUUCCCUGUUGGCGUCGGCCCACCAGCUGUCACAUGUGGCCUGCUCAGGUGCCAGCAACAUUGCCCACCUGGAGAUGGACCUUCAUCGGGGAGGGGAUGUGUCACCGUCAGCUCAGGACGAAGGAGACCAACUUCAGGAGCUGCCCUUCACCCCUGUCCAUGCCCCUGUCAUCACACUGGGGAUGAAUAUGCCCAGUUCCUGCUCGGUCAGCUCCAGAAGCUCGCUGGCCCACCUCUACUCCGCUGGCUUCCCCGACAUCGUGGACUGUGCCGGGCAGGCGGCGGAAGUCCUGGACCCCACAGAGCCGGUGCCCUUUGACCCUCAGCGUGAAGAGACUGACCCUCUUCAGGGCAACGUGCUGGUGUUCCAGUUUCUGGCGUUUACCAGAAUACCAGCGGCAGGCGUUGGUCCCGACUGGCCUGAAAACAUCUACUUCACCUUCCAGUUCUAUCGCUUUCCACCAGUCACAUCGCAGCAGCUCAAACUACUGACCAGUGACAGGGUUCAACAGAAAGCUACUGUUCCACUUCCCUGUGUCCUGGCCUCCAUCAACAAAGACGGCACUGUCAACUCUGGCUCCCCGGGCCUGCAGGUGCAGUUCAGAGUAGACGGGGGUUUCUUGAAGCCCGGAGAGAAGCGCUGGUUCCUGCGCUACCUGGCCCUCCACACCAUGCAAAUUGACAUCUGGGACAGCGACUCAUUGCUCCUUAUAGGUUCUACUGCCGUCGAGCUCAAGUACAUGUUGCGUCAGGGUAAAUCGGCAGUGCAGGCCCUUCACGAGGUGGAGGUGCUGACCACUGAUUAUGUGGGAGAGGACACCUUGCUGACGAGCGCAGAUGUGGGCCGACGGCCAGCUCUCAGCCCCGUGACGGUCCACACCAUUAUCAGGGGCCGGCUGCACAUACGCACAGGCAACAUAGGGAGCCCAGUAGAUCCUAGCAGGAGGAGGGCAGCAGACGUGAUGGCGUCUCAUUCCAACAUCAUAACUCCUCGCGUAGUAAUCGGUGGCUUCAGAGGAGGAAGCCUGUCCUCCAGAAACAUCCUCCAACUCAAUGCGAGGAACGCUGCACAGGCACACAGGCUGGAGAUAGACGGGCAGCACGACCUAAACGAGCCCGACGGUGGGCGCCGCAAGCUCAACUGCAUGGCUGCCGUGCAUCAGCGGGAGGGCAAGGAAGAGGCUAAGAUCACGGAUCGCACUAAGGAAGCCCGGUUGGCCCGACAUCUUUAUCAGAACAAAUCCAGCGAAAAGCGCAGCAAGGCGGAGGGCAUCGCCAACAUGCUGAGCCAGGCCAUCACCACCCAGCACCUGCUCUACGCAAGCCUGGGCUCCGCUGAGUACAUGGAGUUUGUCCUUAAAAAUCCCUUUAACGUACCUCAGACGGUCACCGUUCACAGUGACGACCCUGAGCUCAGUGCCAUCACUAAUACAGAGGAGUGGAGUUACUUCAAAGCACUAACCAAAACCCCAACCCCGCUGGAGGAGAACAUGUUCCACUUGGAGGAAGGUGCCCCAGGUCCCAGGGUUUACCUUCGGCCCAAGGAGAGCAUCCACAUCCCCCUGAAAUACCAGAGUUUCCUCUGUGACCACACCAUGGCCCUUCAGGGACCAAGCUUUCAACCGACAGGCAAAGGUUCCCAGAUGGCCAAAAAGAAUCUGUCCAACAUUGUUGCUGCCAAGACCAUGAAGGUUACAUUCAAAGCACAAGACGGCAAGCCGAUGGCCAUCUGCCAGGUGAACGUGGAGCCAACACCUCACGUUGUUGACCAAACGUUCCGGCUAUACCAUCCCGAGCUGUGCUUCCUCAAGAAAGCCAUCCGCCUGCCGCCCUGGAAUGACCCAACAGUUGGAGACCCAGAUGUCAGGACUCACAUUUCCGUACGCUGCAGUGACCCGAACAUCAUCUGCCAGACAAGGAUGCUUGCGCCAGGGGAGCCUCAGGACGUGUACUUGAAAGUGCCAGGGAGUCCCAGUCCACAUAUAAAAAUGUUCUUUGUGAUGGUUUUCACUGAUAAGUGGAUGGCAGCGCCCUCCCAGAUCUGGCAGAUUUACGUGCAUUUCGUGGAGCGGGUGGAUGUCAGCUGUGUGACUGGCCAGCGGAGCUGUCAAUCCCUGGUGCUGAGGGGGAAGCAAGCCGUUCGCAAGAUCAAAUGUUUCUCAUCACAUCCCCAGGAGAUCGAGGUGGACCCAGAGGGUGUGUUCGUUUUGCCUCCCGCAGCGGUGCAGGAGCUCCAGCUGAAGGUGCAACCGUGGCGAGCAGGAAGCCGCUUCUUGUACGUGAAUGCGGUGGAUGCGGAGAACCGGCGGCUGGUCACUGCCUGGCUGCUCUGUCUCAACGUCUACCGGCCUGUACUGUCCAAGGCAUUUGAAGUGUGUGUCCCAGUCGGUGGUGGCCGUGGAAGCUCCAGGAAAAUCACUUACACCAACCCAUACACCAGCAGCCGCUCCUUUCUGCUCCGGUCUGACCAUCCAGACCUGCUCCAGUUCAAAGAGGAGAAAUUCCAGAUCAGCGGGGGAGAGAGUUACAGCAUCGGACUACGAUUCGCCCCCAGCCAGAGUCCCGGCUCGGUGGAGAUACUGGUCUACGUGAACAACCUGGAGGAGAAGACGGAGGAGACGUUCUGUGUGAAAGUCAACUACUCAUGAACUGGUGAUGUUUGUACAAACUGCUCCCCGGAAAUGUUGCCUGAUCUGUGUUUUGAGUCUAUUUUCGGAAAAAUCAAAUGAGCUGUAAAGUUUCUACUUAGUGUAAUUUUGUAUUACCAGAUUUAAGAUGAGAAUAAACGUUUUUUUAAAUCACAUGUUUUCAGUCCUGGGUACAAGGUGGAGUGUUCUGUACUGUAUGAAUGAAUGAAUGAAUGAAUGAAUGAAUGAGUAUGUUUGCAUUGGCUCAAUGAGCUUCAAUUACAGAAGGUCACAAGUCUCAAAAAUCAGAGGCAUUGUAUGCAAAACAAGAAGGCAAAGCUGCUUUCUCCAAAAAGCUUUGAACACACACCUUCUGUUUGCUCAACUAUCCACCGAAGCAAAGAAGAAACUACAUUCACUAGACUUUUAUGUACAUAAGCGAAAAUGAGGGUGCAACAAAGACACAAAAAUCUGCUGAAGUAACUGAAGAAAAACAGGGUUUUAUGUUUUGUAAUCAGCAAAGCAACAGAAAAGCAUCAAUAUAAGCGUGGAGGCUGAAUCCUAACUGUGAUCUGUCCUCUUUCUAAAUGUCCAGCAAAUGUCUGCCGGUUCAUCCCCAACCAACCAGGUGGGCCGAGGGUGAAAGCAAUAACAUUUUAUCGACUUUAAUUACCCAGCAAACCCACUUGAAUGCCACUUGAUGGUUGAGUUUUAAUCUAAGAAAAGCCAGGGGUCCGCUCUCCGAGUCCCCCUGCCUCCCAAACAACUUCUCCUCAUCAGCGGCGUUAUUAGAAACGGUGCCUUAAUGAGAUACAAGGCGCACACCUCUUCAGAUCGCCCUCAUUAACACCAGCACCCCUAAAAGCCCUCCGUCUUCUCCUUCCUGCUCGCUCUGUCUGAGAUACAGAGAGAGAGAGAGAGAGAGAGAAGGCCAUGCACAUUGUGUUAUGUAACACAGAGUUACACAAUGCGCCCCCUCCCUCCUCGCUCUCCGUCUCAUUAGAAUGCAGGCUGCAAAAUAAGCCUCAGCACAGCAGCAAAGGCUAAUAAAAAGGAAGAUGGCAACCAAGCCGGAUGCACUUCAUCUUUACCUUCUCUGAAGCACAAGCCUCGUUGUCUCCUCUAUUAUAUGUUAAUAUGUUAACAGCUUACACAUUAAAGCUUUAUUCGCUUAGUAAUUUUUCACCUGUACAACCUGUUCUGGUUCUUAUGCUCAAAGAUAAAUGAUAUAUACAAAUGAAAUGUCUGAGGCAAUCCGUCUUUCUACCUGGCCGAGAACUGGUUGCCAAAUGAUGUAAAAGGGCACAACAGCCUCUUUAGGCAUUAUAGAUUCUUUUCUAAGGUCAGAUGAUGGGAUGGCCAUUUUUAUGUUGCUAUUUUUCAUGGAUCUGUGACAAUGUCCACGAUCUUAACUCUGCCUGUUUCUCCAACUGUCUGGUUAAAUCACUGAACAAAUCGGAGAUGCGGCCAGUGAUUCAGAGUAUGCUAAAAUCCUCAGGUGAACUUUAGUAGGGCCCGUGGAUUCGGCCCCUGAUUUCUUCCAAUGUUGGGCGUGCAACGGAAGCAUCACUUAACAGCUGGUGCGGACAGGAGAAAAGAUAACACUGACAGCAGCAGUGUAAGCUGAUGAGGCAUGUGGGUUGUGUGUGCAGUUUAAAUACCCGCAUCCUGGUCUGAGCAGCAGCUUUCCGUGUGAGCUGCACGGUUGUUCUCCCAGCGUGGGGCCGAGCAGCACCGAGGCCUUAUUAGCGGUGCCAGUCUGGUUGUUGUCGGUUCCUCCUGAGGGAGCGCAGACAUCCGCCACAACAGCUCACGCUGUCUGCUCACCUUGUUAGUGCGGUUAGACGGCUCCCGUCUAGAUGCCCAGCGGAGAGUCUGCCUUGAUACUAUGCUGGAGAGUAGCUGUUGUUGUGGAGAAAAGAACAGGCCUACCUGCAUGGUGUGUGUUUGUAUGGUCUUUGUGUGUGUGUCUAAGUGGCUUACCUGAGCCAUGCGAGUGGGUGCAUGUCUAUGAGAGGAUAGAGCGACGCAGGUAUCAAAGAGCUUUGUAACUGGAGGAAUAUGCAUCCUAGCAACCAGCCCUCCUCCUCACGUACACCGCUGGCCUGGAUCGGCACUCGGAACAGCUGAGAGGAGAGAGACUGUGUGUCUUGUUGCAUUUCACCUCACGCUGCAGACCAUUAAACUGAGAACACAUAUGGAUUAAAGCAAAGGGGUUAAAAAUAAAAGGAAAAAACCACGCCCUAAUCAGUGAUGUCACAACUGGUUUGAAAACUGUCAAACGAAUGGGAAUUUAAAAGUCUUGUGUGGAUUUUUUAACAAUGAAACAGGAAGAACAAAGCAAGAGAAGUCAAGUUAAAGCAGCUGUAUGGUUUUAUCUCGGGGAGGGGGACCUGGGUCAGAUAAGCAGAGCGAGAAGGAGCUCUUAACAGAUUGAAAUUCAAUUACCUCGUUACCCGUCUCUGCAGGACCUUCCCUCAGCCCGGACUGUCCAGCACAAAGGAAAUGUCUUUGUGUCUUUCAUGUUCAUUCUUUGAGGCCUGAUGCUUCAACACAAGUUUUUCCUACGCCUAGAUGCUGGUAAACUAAGCAGCCAAUUUGCAAAAAUACUACCUGGUAUGCACACUCACAGGCAUUUGAUUAGCUCGAACAGCUUGUGCCUGAUGAUGCAGCAUUUUCGCUGCUUUGUUUUUGAGCCGUGGUACCAUGCUGUGCUUUUUCCCACCAGAGUCCUCUGCUGCAGCAACGCCUUCCCAAUGCAGCGGCGUUAAGGGGAGGAAUUGCUCUUUUCGUUGGUGGAAAAGUGCCCUAACUGCUGUGUGGGUUGGUCGUUGUAUGCAAUCGUCACGGGUUUACACCAGAGGAAAAAUAAUCCCUGCAGAGGCUGCAGGCAGCGUCAGGAAUCCUACAAAACCUUGUGUAUUUAUGGAUCUUAAAUGCACAAUACGUGUCCUCCUUAUGUGAGCCACUAAAGCCAUCAGUGCUCACUGCUGCUAAUUCACUGUACAGCUGAGGAUGAAUGCCAAAGAUAAUGUUAUGGUGGUCUUCAGGCGGGAGAUUGUUCUAUAACUGGGUCAGUGGUUCAUUAACGGCAACAGUUACAAAUUAUGUCCGUUGUCAGUGACGUGGUCUAAGUGUCCUUGAACAAUUUGUGAACUUCACAUGCUCCCUCACUGUUAAUUACUUUGGAUAGGAGUGUCAGCUAAAUGCGUAAAUUGAAACUGUAAAUUAACUCAAGUCAGGAGAGGAAAGGGGAGAGCAACUACUGGUACGGUGGGAGGUAAGGUAGCUGGAAGGCUGUGCCAAAUAAAUAGAUUCCCUCCCCCCCGGCUUAAAAGUCUUUACUUUCAUUCCCAGCUCUUUGCUGUGGACACUGGGCAACAACAAUCCCUGUAGUCAUUAGACUACAUUUGUAGAAUAAUAAACCAAAAACAUAUUGUGGGCCAGUGCCCUCUUAAAGAUUUUAUGACGGGGGGCAGUAACACAAUGUGGAUGAUGAUGUGAAAUCGACUGCGUUUGUAUUUUCUAGCUUGCGUGCGUAUUCUGCCUGCAGAGAUUUAAAUAGCUGUGUUUUUAUGUGCCUGGAGACGAGACCACCACAGUGUAGUUCACUGCAGUAACAUGUGUAAGUCUUACAAGAUCAGAAAAGGUAGAAAGGGAAUAUUUCUGGGAUAAAAAAUAUGCUCUAAGGGAUAUUGCUUUCUGUGGCUUGUUAAAUGAGAGGCUUGGAUCAAAGGUAACACUGACAGUCUUAACAUAUUCCUUUUUGAUAACAGCCACCAAUAUUAAGUGAGAGGUCUGAUCCAGAUGAGAGGAUUCCUCGCUGCUUGACACCAACAUUUCAUCAUGUUUGCUGCAUUGAAGGAAUUAAUGUUUUGGUCAUGAUCGGAAAUAUUCGAUGGUGCAUGAGAGUUCUCUUUGUUUUUUUCACAUGUAUUACCAAAAGGUGCCAUGUUUGUUUUUGAAUCAAGAAUCAAGCAGGAAGGGAUACAUUGUAGAAGAAGAGGAAGAUGAUAUGUGCACGUGCUGCUUUGACUAAUUCCAGGCCUGAGGUCAGUAAGUAUGAUCUUAAAAGCCUCAGGGAGGAGGUGUGUCUUUGAUGAUUUGCUGUUAAGAGAAUUAUUAAUAAAAAGGCUGCAGAGGUCAAACACAGUAAUGAUUACUGCAAAUCUAAAAUAAUGUUGAGCGUAUGGAUUUGUCGCUAAAAUAACUUUGCUGUCAGAGCGGUUUCACAAACUAUUUGACUAGUCGACUAAAACUACUGCUGUGUGCAGAAGUUGAUCGCUCAGCAUUACCAGAUUUACAGCAGUUAGUGCGCUGGUGAUUGUAUAUUUACUGGUGCUGUGACGAUCCCCUGUGCACAUAUCACCUUAUUUAUUGCUGUCUGGCAGCACAGCAUCACUACAGGAACCCCCAACUGUGUUCUGAUCCGCGGUGGACUGAAAGCCUAAUUUAUGCUCCUGCAGAAAAGCUUGCACAGAGAUGGUUUGCGGAGACAAGUACCUCAUAUCUGUUACAACAGCAGCAACCGUAUUAAUCAAUUCGAGGUCUAGCUUCUCCUCGUCAUCCAACUAUUCCAUCAUUUUUAUUUUUCUAGGCAUGGUGGAGCAGCGUGUGGUCAAAUUUAAGCACCUGACGAAGGAUUUGAUCCCGUCUCCAAAUAAAAAAUGAAUUUAAAAAAUGCUGAUGCCAAGCAGGUUUAGUCACCGUGAGCUACAGCACAAUGUCCCCUUUUCAUCGGGAAACACUACAUCUGCCAAGAAAGGGUUAGUGAAAAAGAGGUUUAUACACUAAUGGGGAAUUAAUAUGCACAAAAGCAUCUUCAUUACUCAUUUACAGCCCUUUUUCAAUUGGAGAAAACUGGAAGGUCAAAUUAAUUUAAUUACAAGCAGCGGUUCGUUCUGGAGGCCAGUGUUUCUAUUGGCAUACAUUUGAGAGAAAAGUCACUCGGAACACAACGGUGCUACCACUGAGUUUGCUUGCUUUCAAAUUGAAAAUGAAAUGGAUCGAUGCUGUUAAGGUGAAAUUAUUCAAUCUGCUGCAGAUACCAACUGCUCUAAUGGCAGAGGGGGAUUCAAAUUACUUAAGUGUUAGCCUGUUAUGAAUUUUAAAUGAGGAAUCAUGUCCCAUUUCGUGGGUUUAAUCAAGUCUCUUUGAAAAUCAGCCACCGGAUUUCUGGUUUAAUAUACUAACGGUUAUAAAGGAGAGAAGGGAAAUGAAAUAUGGAGUCCUGGUUGGGCGUCACGGUGCACUUUCCGUCUGUCAGCAGAAUGGCCUGGCAUAAUUAGGUAAAGCAACACAAUGGAAAAGCGCUGUGUUCAAAGCCAAGAGCUCUACUCUUUAUUUUUUUUUUUAUCUUUCAUUGACUUCACAGAUUCAGACCUAUUGGAGAGCGAGCAGCCACUUAGUGAGGCUGAGAUGUUCAUCAGAGAAACUACAGAGCUGCCUCCCGCCUUGGCCUCGUCCUUUCACAUGUACACGAUGCAUUUAAAAGCAUCAUGUGUCAGAAAUUCAGAUUCGUUGUGAUCAACUAUGGCCGUAACGUUCAUCAUAUUCUAAUCAGAUUAUGCUGCUCGACAAAGAAAUAAAUUUCUGGUAUUAACCUAUAGCUUCAAUGUUGAUUAAAAAGUGCGGUCCUAUUGACCUAAGUGCACCGCAUUAGAAAAAUUGUAAAUAUUCAUGAGGUCCCUGGGAGAUAAAUUGGGCCCUCGCCUGUGUGCCCACCUUAUCAAGCGAGGGGUCAGAGCUCAGGUAAUUUCUUACAGCAGAGUGGAGGCAGUUCAGAACCUUUUCCAUAAAAUCCAACCCAGAAUGGAAAGCUCGCACUUUACAUGAUUCCCAAUUUCAGUCAGCAAGGACUCCUUAAUGCAAGAAAUUCGGCCCCCUGGUGAUUUUCCAUCUUUAUUGCAGAUGCAGUCCGGCAGGAGGUUCAUCUGUCAAUAACAGUCACCUGUCAACAUGCCUGUUCGCUGGUCUGAUUGCUGUGUUGUACACAUUACAUUUUACAAACAAUACAAAGCUGUACUAAUCACUUUAGUUAGACAAACAAUGACUCAAAUGAUUGUGUGCCACAGAUAAUUAUGACCUAACUGAGCAGGUCUCCCUUGCUUUAUGGAGUGUUUCAGCAUCUUCAGGUUCAUUGGUUUGCUUUUACGGCCCCAAACUCUGCUGUUUUGGUUCAAUUUCAAUGCUUUCAUCAACUUAGUUUUCCAGAAGCAAAGUUGAAUUCCGCCCCCACGUUUUCCCCCCCAAAAGAAAUUAUUGAAAAAAAACUGAUUAGUGCUGCCUUAGUCUAGAAUUCCAAAUAUUAUUCUUGUUCAACAUGGAAUAAUCUGUAAAUGAGGUGCAGAAAUGUCACACUAAAGAUUUAAUGGCUUGGUUGAUAGCCUUUUUACAGCAGGAACAUAACAGCCCCGACCUAGAGCGUCCUAUAGAACCCUGGUACUACUGUUGUCUCCCCUGUCCUAUGUAUUUUACACAAUGGGUUAUUUUGGAUACAUGCCAUUAAAAAGACAAAAAAACAGAAUCUAUAUGUAUUUUUUCUGCGCUGUUAAGUCGACAAAUGAAAUAAGGACUUGUGGGAUAAACAGCAAUGGAAGAAGUGGCACUUUGUUAACGUAUUGGUUAUCCCAGUAAAAAUACAUUGUAAGUAAAAAUGAUUGUUACUGUUCGUUGUGGGUUAGUUGAUCUUGAUGUGAUACAUCUGCUUGACCAAUCACAAUCAGCAGCACUGCCAGCAACCUACGAAACAUUACCCGAAACUUGCAUUUAGUAUCACCUGCUGAGCAGCGGCCAAAUUCAUUCACAUGAAACUUGUCCCCAAAGCGGACGGACAACAGUGGAAACAAAAGCAGACCUCGUGACAAUGACUGCAAGUAAGUUUGCGUUAAAUUUAAGUGUUUCUCGGGGCAUGUUGAAGGACUUUUGGUUAGCUCUCAGGUUUUAAGUCUGUUUUUAUUUCAUGAAUUUUAUAAAUGUUUUGAGUAUUGCGUGACAGUUUUCAGGACUAGUCAGAACGAAGUUCACAUCAUUGAACCGGUGAUGAAAUCUGCACGCUACAGGACAAAGUAAAGCAUGCCUUGUGGAUUUUACAGGCUGUAGUCUAAUGUGAAUUAUUUUAGCAUUGCUGACUGUGUUGUCAUCAGCUGUUCUUCUCCAUUUGUGUUCAGCUUUUCCUCCCGCCUGUGGACAAGCUGCCAUUUCCUUCAAACUCCAGACCCCUCUGUGACCUCAGCAGCAUCUUACGUCCACGUCUCUCGCGCCAUCAAGUGCCUCUCACAUUCGAUUUGCACUUUGCCUUCCUAAAUUAAGAUGAAAGUCAGUAUUUGAUCCUUUUGGCACCGUAGACUUUGAUAGUACUCCAUGUUCCUUGGGGUCAGCCAGGUCUCUGUGCCUUGAGCCCACAGAGACUCCAUGUUCUGGCUCUGGGCAGAGG